CGGCGGAGUCAUGGCGGAGGCGGCUUUGGAAGCCUUGAGGAAGGAGUUACAAGAAUUCCCGGCCGCGGCAAGGGAGCUCAGCGUGCCUCUGGCUGUACCCUACCUGGACAAGCCCCCCACUCCUCUCCACUUCUACCGGGACUGGGUCUGCCCCAACAGGCCCUGCAUCAUACGCAAUGCUCUGCAGUCCUGGCCAGCGCUCCAAAAGUGGUCUCUUCCUUACCUGAGGGCCACAGUAGGCUCCACAGAAGUAAGUGUGGCCAUCACCCCAGACGGCUAUGCAGAUGCUGUGCGGGGAGACCGCUUUGUGAUGCCAGCCGAGCGCCGCCUGCCCCUGAGCAGUGUGCUGGAUGUGCUGGAGGGGAGAACUCAGCACCCCGGGGUCCUUUAUGUGCAGAAGCAGUGCUCCAACCUGCCCACCGAGCUACCCCAGCUGCUGCCGGACCUGGAGCCUCACGUGCCCUGGGCUUCUGAGGCACUGGGAAAGAUGCCUGAUGCCGUGAACUUCUGGCUUGGGGAGGCAGCUGCAGUGACAUCUUUGCACAAGGACCACUAUGAGAACCUCUACUGUGUUGUCUCAGGAGAGAAACACUUCCUGUUACAUCCACCCAGUGACCGGCCCUUCAUCCCCUAUGAACUGUAUACCCCAGCAACUUACCAGCUCACUGAGGAGGGCACCUUUAAGGUAGUGGAUGAAAAGGCCAUGGAGAAGGUGCCCUGGAUCCCUCUGGACCCCUUGGCACCAGAUCUGACCCGGUACCCCAGGUACUCUGGGGCCCAGGCCUUGCGUUGCACCGUGCAGGCUGGCGAGAUGCUUUACCUGCCAGCCCUGUGGUUUCACCACGUCCGGCAGUCCCAUGGCUGCAUUGCUGUGAAUUUCUGGUAUGACAUGGAGUAUGACCUCAAGUACAGUUACUUCCAGCUGCUGGACUCUCUCACCAAGGCCUCAGGCCUCGACUAGUGGAGCCCCAGUGAAC